UCCAUGUCUCAAGAUUCAAAAUUAUCCGAGAUGAUCCAAAGGUUGGACGCGGAAGGCAAGGAAGGGUAUAUAGAUAGCAAAUAUAUUUGGGAUGAUGGAUCUGACCAUGAGGGUGUAACGAAGAUACAUGUAAGAGGUGAUCCUGAAGGCAUACAAUUCAUCAAAUUUGAUUAUGUCAAGACUGGACAACCGAAAGAAGAAUCAUUUCAUGGUUUCUCAAAUCAAGGUUUCACACAGACGUUUGAGAUUGACCAUCAAAAAGGUGAACAUCUUGUAUCUGUUGAGGGUUAUCACGGACACGGGACCAGUAUUAUUAAAUCACUUCAAUUCAAAACCAAUUUGAAGAUCUCUGAAAUGAUGGGAUAUGAAUACUAUGAUUAUAAGUUUAAACUAGCAGCUGAGGGAAAGAAAAUCAUUGGGUUUCACGGAUCUGCUUAUUCGAACCUCACCUCUCUUGGGGCAUACGUUACUUGGAUUACUCCAACUAGAAUGGAAGCUAAAGGGGGCAAGGGAGGCAAGGAGUGGGACGAUGGAGCCGACUAUGCGGCUUUAACAAAGAUUCACAUACGAAGUGGUUUGAAAGGCAUACAAAACAUCAAAUUCGAUUAUGUCGACAAGGAUGGACAUUUGAAAGAGGGGCAAGUCCAUGGUUCUGACUCGGGUAGAGGUUUCACACUUGAGCCGUUUGAGAUUAACCAUGUCGACAAGGAACAUUUGCUGUCUGUUGAUGGUUACUACAACGAGACUAUGGGUAUUCAAGCACUCCAAUUCAGAACCAACCUGAAGACUUCGGAGCUGAUGGGGGACUACGAUGAUGAAUCGUGUACUAAGUUUUCACUUGGAUGUAACGGCGACAAGAUCAUUGGAUUUCAUGGAUAUGCCGAAAAGAACCUAAACUCUCUUGGAGCAUAUUUCACAACACUUCCUCUAACUAAAUUGGAAUACAUAGAUAGCACUAAAGGCCGACUCCGCGACAAUGGUAAAUCAGGCUUCCUCUGGGAUGAUGGUACUUACCAGGGAGUAAGAAAGGUGUACCUUUCUUAUGAUGCUUCUUAUAUGAGGUGUGUCAGGUUCGAGUAUGAUAACUGCGGCAUCGUGGAAUCCCGUGAGCACGGGUCAAAAGCUUCAGUCUCGGUACAAGAAGGAGAGUUUGUUUUGGACUAUCCAAAUGAAUUUCUCACAUCCGUGAAGGGGACUACCACAGAUGCUUACCCAUCAACGAUGAUUACAUCGUUGACUUUCAAGACAUCCAAAGGGAGGACCUCUCCGACAUUUGGAAAUCAGUUUUGCAGCUCCCUAAUUGAAUUCGUGCUUGAAAGAGAAGGUUCUGCUAUUGUUGGGUUCCAUGGACGGUCUAAUUGUUAUGCUCUUCAUGCUCUUGGAGCAUAUUUCUUUCCUUUGCCUCCUCCUCAUGAUGGAGAGAAACUCAAAGAACAAGAUGGUGAUGGUGGUUUGAGCGGUGUUUGA